UUCACUGAACAACUUACAAGGAGCGAGUUUCCAUUUACAAAUAGCAGAGUUCAAACGAAGAAAUGGAGGCAAUACUCAGUGUUCUCGGCAUGGAGUGGGUAGAUGGCAGAAGUUUAUUAAUAUUUUUCUGUGUUUUUCUGCUGUUGGCUGAUGUUUUGAAGAACAGAGUGCCGAAAAACUUCCCUCCUGGACCGUGGGCUCUGCCUUUUAUUGGUGAUCUGCAUCGUAUCCAACCUUCAAGACUUUACCUGCAGUUCACAGAGUUUGCAGAGAAAUAUGGAAACAUUUUCAGCCUUCGUCUCUUUGGUGGAAGGAUGGUGGUCAUCAAUGGCUACAAGCAUGUGAAAGAAGCCCUGGUCCAACAAGGAGAAGACUAUGUAGAUCGCCCCUCUAUACCGGUGUUGAAUGAUUUUUUUGGGAAUACAGGCCUUCUGGUGUCAAAUGGUCAUCUAUGGAAGCAGCAGAGGAGAUUUGCUCUUCAUACACUCAGAAACUCUGGUCUGGGCAAGAAGACUCUGGAGCUGUUCAUCCAGGAGGAGUGUCGAUAUGUCACAGAGGCAGUCGCAGAUCAACAAGGGAAGCCUUUUGAUGCCCUGAAAUUGAUCAACAAUGCUGUGUCCAACAUCAUCUGCUGUUUGGUGUUUGGGCAUCGAUUCGAGUACACUGAUAAGCAGUACCAGGCUAUUCUUCAAACAUUUUAUGAGGCAGGGCGCUUAGAGGAAAGCAUGUCUGUCCAGAUUUACAACACAGUACCCUGGCUGAUGAAGUGGCUGCCCGGACCUCAUCGGAAGUUACUCAAUUUGUUUCAAGUGAUAAUUGACUUUGUAGAAAUCAAGAUCAAAGAACACAGAGAAACCUUUGACCCCUCAUCACCAAGAGACUACAUCGACUCCUUCCUCAUAGAAAUGGGACACAAUGAGGACAAAAAAGCUGGUUUUGAUCUCAAAAAUUUAUGUACUUCCACUUCUGAUCUGUUUGGUGCUGGAACUGAAACUACUGCCGCUACUUUACGCUGGGGGCUGCUGUAUAUGAUCCACUAUCCUGACAUACAGAAGAGAGUCCAGGCUGAGAUAGAUGCUGUGAUUGGUUCAUCCAGACAGCCCUCCAUGACUGACAGAGAAAAUAUGCCCUAUACUGAUGCAGUCAUCCAUGAAAUACAGAGAUAUGGUGACAUCGCUCCACUCAAUGUGGUUCGCAUGACUCACAGGGACACCACACUGGAUAAGUACACAAUCCCAAAGGGCACCAUGAUAAUGCUGUCUCUGCACUCGGUCCUCAACGAUGAGUCGAUGUGGGAAACUCCACACUCCUUCAACCCUCAGCACUUUCUGGACCAGGAUGGUAAAUUUAGUAAAAGAGAGGCCUUCCUUCCAUUUUCUGCAGGUAAGCGAGUGUGUCUUGGAGAACAGCUGGCCAGGAUGGAGUUAUUCCUCUUUUUCACCUCCCUCCUUCAGAGAUUUUCAUUCUCUGCGCCUCCUGGAGAGAAACCCAGUCUGGAGUAUACCAUGGGAUUCAUUCGCACACCCAAACCGUACCGCCUUUGUGCCACACCACGAUAAACCACAGCUCAUAAUAACAAAUAACCAUGUGUUCCACUCCAUUUGUCAUGUAAUGCAUCAAGAAUGUCUGCUGUAAAUUUUUAUUUGUGUAUAGUGUGAGUAAAAAAUCAUUGUGAAGUGAUUUCAGUCAGCAGACCUUUUCAGUAAACCAUUUUACAUUGUUAAAUGAAUCUGCUACAGUUGUGAAAAAACUUUUACAUACAGUUGUAAAGACUGUGUAUAUCGCAACAGGCUUGAGUCCAAUCACUCCUUGAAUUCUUAAUUUUUUUAUGACGGAAGUACUAAAACCUGUCGUGACAAAAUAAUCAUGCAUCUGUAAAAAUCAUUUGAAGGUAUUUUAAGCUAUUAUGCCUUUUCAAGAAAUGACUACACACUAUUGAAAUAAUCUAAUGUAUUCAAAUAUGCAAUAAAAUCUUGUUAACUUUA